GAGAAGAAGAAAAAGAAGAAGAAGCAGAAGAAGAAGAAGAAGCAAAGAAUUGUCCUGUAUAGCUACACAUUUAUAAAUAUUCGCCUCCUCUUCGUGCGUCCACAAAAUAAAGUAAAAUGACUGACGCUGGUUGUUGGGAGCCAGAUUGCCUGGUAGAUCGCAUCCAGUCGGACUUAUUGGUGCCCACAGACAAGACCUCUGGAAGAGAAGAUGAUUCCUCCAACACCUUCUUUAUCAGGACUGGUUCUGGAAGUCACGUCCCUCGGUCUGUCUGUGUGAACCUGGAGCCCACUGUCAUGAAUGUUAAGCAGAUGCUGAUGGUUAAAAAAGAUGACGCAGAAGACCGAAAACCUAAUGCAGACCUGCAUGACCCAAAACCCCAACACAUAAAGGAGGAAGACGAGGAGGUCUGCAUCAGUCUGAGGGGAGAGCUGUUCAAAGUGAAGGAGGAGAUAGAAAGUGACAUGAAGAGUGAGGAUGAUAAACAGUCCCCUCUGUUCUCACAGCUUUAUCAAGACCAAAUUAAAGACAGAGACCUUCCAGAAGUAAAGAAUGAAGGAGAAUCCAUCAAGAUAGAAAAUUUUGAAGGUGGUUCCAGGUCCUUCAAGCAUGAAGACACCGUGAAGGAUGAAGAGGACGACGAUGAUGUAAAGUAUCCCGUCCCUGAGAUGAAACACUUGUCAGACUCUGCCCCGCCUUCAGUCACAGUCCAUGUCCUUAGUUUUCAGUACAUAGCUCCUGAGUCAAAUGGAAACCUUGUUAACAAACUAGAUGCAGAAGUAGGUUUUACAGAGAACAAAAAUGUCGGCUCACGAAGGAAGGCCCAGAAAGGAUGGAAGGUGAACUGUGAAGUCUGUGGCAAAACAUUUUGUGAAAAACGGAAUUUAAACACUCACAUGAGAAUCCACACAGGAGAGAAACCUUUCUGUUGUAAAGUAUGUGGACAUAGAUCGUGUCAAAAAUCAAGUUUAAACAGACAUAUGAUAAUCCAUACGGGACAGAAGCCUUUCUGUUGUGACCUCUGUGGACAUAGAUUUACCCUUAAGUCAAGCUUAAACAGACACAUGGGAAUCCACAUGGGACAGAAACCUUUUUCUUGUGAUCUCUGUGGACAUAAAUGUAGCCAAAAAGUAAACUUAAACUCACACAUGAGAAUCCACACAGGACAGAAACCUUUCUGCUGUGAUCUCUGUGGACAUACAUUUAGGCGCAAGUCGCAUUUAAACACACACAUGAAAAUCCACAGUCGGCAAAAAGUAACUCCUUUAUGAUGACUCACACUGCAAAGCAUCAUUCGCUGUGAAAUAUUCAUGUUGUCGUUUAAGGCAACAGUCUUCACUUUUAAUCUUAAGACGUUUAAUAUCAUUUACAGAUUUGCUUAGUAACAUGACUGAUGGUUUCGUAGCAAGACAUGUUUUUUUUUUCCUAUCAUUUCAUGUAAUGUCCAGACUGAGCUGUAGCAAAGGUGUGUGUUCUUUUCUCAUGUGUUUCUCUACGGUACAAAAGGCAAAAUGUUUGUGUGAUGCACAAGAUGUCAACAUUGAGUUGAAGGGGACCUAUCUUCAGAAUCCACUUUUUUGUGUACGUUGAGUGUCUAGGACUGCAAAAAAUUUUAAUUGAUUCUUUCCCUGUGCUGCGUAGAUAUCUUUAAAUUAUUUUUGGAUCAUAAUUUCCAGUCUUUAUUUUUUUUUCUAUUCCCUAUCAUGUUUUCUUGUCUAUUGAAUCACAGUAUUUGCUGUGGAACUGCUAAACAUCCAGCUAACCAUUUUUGUUAAUCCGCCAUAUUCUUUUGCAUUGUUUUUGUAGUGCAAGUUCAGCUGUGCUGAAGCUGCAAGUAGAGAAGUCAAAAUGUUUGGUUGUAGCUUGUUUGAACUCAGAACAUUUCUUGUGGGUUAAUACACGCUCCUCAGCAUCAGACGUGAAAUGUCUCAUUCACAUUUAAAAAGACCGCAGACCAAUGAGUCGCUCUAAAACCCGCCUCAGAACUGGGGUAAACGAGGGGCCGGUGGAGGAAGAAUGAUGAGGAAUUCAGAUAUAACUGGCUGUGAAGUAUUUAUACUGUCACAUUCUUUAUUUUGAGGGGGGGAUGUUGGUAUUAUUGUCCAUUUAUUGUUAUCAAAGUGAACUGCUCAAUAUACCAUGAUAUUAAUUUUUGUUCUGUGUCCUUUCUGAUUAUUUUAACUAGAUGUUUUAGCCUUGAAGGAAUUUGAAAUCUUGGCAGCCAAAUUUUGAUUUAAUGUUUAUGGUUUGGAAAUGAUUCUUUGUUUGAACUUUGCUUUUCCUUGUGUGUUAAGAAACCCAUUUUGUCUUUGUUUUUGUUUUUUUUAUCCAAUCCAUGUAUAUGAAUAGGAAAAGAUCUCAAAUCUGUUAAAGAAUGUAAAUUCUCUGUCUCUCUGUAUUUGAUUAGAUUAACUGGAAAAUGUUGGAAACCUUAUCCUGUGCCUUUUAACAGGGAGCUGCUUUAAUCCCCUGUCAUGUUUGUAUGGUCAUUGGGGUAGGUUGGCAUUAUCUACAAUAAAAACUAAAAAGCAGUGUUA